AUAUCCCCACAGCAGCAGCAUUGGCAGGGCGGUAGCAGUGAGUCCCCCUCCCUGCACUCUCAGGGCCUGGAUGUGUACAGAACAGGCUCCACUCAGAACGGAUUUGAGACCCCUUCUCCAGACAAAGAGGUGGAAAUGCACCCUGAAAAUUGAGGUUCUUUAACCUUAGCAGCCGGAGAACCACAUGGGGACAUGUAAAAAAUGUGCAGUCCUCGGCUCCUUCAAACGCUUGACCCACUGUCCUCUGAGCAGACAACUCCUUAUCACCCAGCCCCAGAGAUAGAGCCCUGCCGAUAGUCCAUGGUUACUUUCUUUGAAGUCUGUUCCAUCUAGUUAAGAAAGGACAGUGGUACAGACCCACUUACCUCACCAGGCAUCAUGAGGGCCCCAGCAUCUGAGUCACAGGAUGUCACCCUCUGGGUCUGACGUGCACUUGAAUUAACUGGCAUACUGCCCGGCACACAGAGGGAACCUAGAUGUGGAAUGGAUAUGGGUGGUGUCACAGGCCGGAUGUUUGCCUGCCUUCCAAAUUCAUAUGCAGAAAUCCUAAUUCUCAAGGUGAUGCUAUUUAGGAAGUCAUAACUCAUGCGAGUGGAGUCAUGCGGGAUUAAGAAGUGACAGGAGAGCUUGCUGUCAGUCUCUGCCCUCCACUGUGUGAGGAUACAACAGGAAGACAGCCAUCUGGUGAAGAGAGGGCCCUCGCCAGAUACCGGACCUGCUGACACCUUGAUCUUGGAUUUCUCAUCUUCCAGGACGUAAAUAAUUAUAUUCUGAAUACUUGGAAAACACUCUCUUCACAAAAUUGUUCUUUAAUUGUGUCUCUACACGCCUGACCUCAGUUGUUCCAGGGUAAAGAAUUUGGGCAGUGCCCACACCCACGCUGUUGGAUAACAUUUCUUCAGCAUACCAGUGAGGGUGAAUGUGUACACGCCCAGCUUCCUGCCUGUUACUCUCCACAGUAUGCGAAGAAUAUCCCUGACUUCUAGCCCUGUGCACCUUCUUUUGCUUCUACUGUUGCUACUAAUAGCCUUGGAGAUCAUGGUUGGUGCUCACUCUCUUUGCUUCAACUUCACUAUAAAAUCAUUGUCCAGACCUGGACAGCCCUGGUGUGAAGCGCAGGUCUUCUUGAAUAAAAAUCUUUUCCUUCAGUACAACAGUGACAACAACAUGGUCAAACCUCUGGGCCUCCUGGGGAAGAAGGUAAAUGCCACCAGCACUUGGGGAGAAUUGACCCAAAUGCUGGGAGAAGUGGGGCGAGACCUCAGGAUGCUCCUUCUUGACAUCAAACCCCAGAUAAAGACCAGUGGUCCUUCCACUCUGCAGGUCGAGAUGUUUUGUCAACGUGAAGCAGAACAAUGCACUGGUGCGUCCUGGCAAUUCGCCAUCAAUGGAGAGAAAUCCCUCCUCUUUGAUGCAAUGAACAUGACCUGGACAGUAAUUAAUCACGAAGCCAGUAAGAUCAAGGAGACAUGGAAGAAAGACAGAGGGCUGGAAAAGUAUUUCAGGAAGCUUUCAAAGGGAGACUGCGAUCACUGGCUCAGGGAAUUCUUAGGGCACUGGAAGGCAAUGCCAGAACCGACAGUGUCACCAGUAAAUGCUUCAGAUACCCACUGGCCUUCUUCUAGUCUACCAGAUACAUGGAUCAUCCUGGGGGCCUUCAUCUUGUUAGUUUUAAUGGGAAUUGUUCUCAUCUAUGUCUGGCGGCAAAAUGGCAGAAGAUCCACCUGGAGGUGAUACCACGGCGGCGCAGAGUUGUUCAGCUAUGGUCCUUGAUCGCUGGCAGCCUUUGCUCCCACUGCUGUGUGUUCCCUGAGUCAAGUGGAGUUACAAACCCCCUUCCAAGACCAGAUGGCACUGACAGACAUGGCUUACUCCUUUGCCGAACCAAUUUAAUGUGUGACCUUCCUAAGUUGCACCCUCUCUCGGCCUCGGUGUUCCAUCGUGACUUACAGAGAGGAAUAGGCUGCUCCUCACUGAAUGGUUGACAAGAUGAAGUAAGAGUUAUAAAGUGUCUGGUGCCAGAAGACGCUCUAUAAAUUGUUCCUCUCAUGGGCUUGAUGAAGGAAACAUGAAAGAAAGAGUUUUGGUCCUCCAUGAUUAUCUUCAUAACUUCGGAGGUUCAAUAAAUACUCAAAUGUUGUCAA